AAAAUAAAUACUCAGUUGCCGCCCGCUGCCCACCGAAAUAAAGAUCAGUCUAAAAGGAAACACACUGCCAACGUAACGUCGCGAAAAAGUAUAUGUUCAGCAAGAGCAAUGGGGUCGAACACGCUGAGUUUGAACUGUCCCGUGUGUGGAGUGGCUGCUUCGCAGGCGUGCACCCGCUGCAAGUUAGUCCGCUACUGCGAUCGGGAGCACCAAAAGCAGCACUGGCCGCAGCACAAGCGCAGCUGUCGGCCUUUCCGCGAGGAGCAGGAUGCCCAGCUGGGCAGGUAUUUGGUGGCCACUCAGGACAUCGCUGCCAAUCAAAUCGUGUUCGUCGAGGCUCCUUUGGUGGUGGGACCCAAGUGGUACCUCUCGGAGGCCGAGAAGGAGGCCACCAUCGUUUCCUGUGUGGGUUGCUAUACGCCUUGCCGCGUGGGAAAACACCAGUGCCGCAGCUGCCAUUGGCCAGUAUGCAGUUCUGCCUGCGCUCACGAGGCCCUGGAAUGCAGUGUGCUUAGCAUGGGGUCGGCUCCCGCUGGCCGGGCUGACGUCCGCUCGCUGAACGACUACUUUAGGGGCGAUGCUCUGCUAGUGCUGAAGUGCUUGCUUCUGCAACGGCAGAAUCCGGAGAAAUGGGCGACCUUGCUAGAGAUGCAGUCGCACGAAGAGGAGCGAAAGGGCACCGAACUGCACGAGGAGGCGGAGAAGAGGGUCGUUAGCUACCUGGACAAGCGAUUCCUGCGUCGUCUGAGGCAGACGAAACCCAAUCUUCUGGAGCAAUGCGACACAGAGUUGCUGCAUAGGCUGUGUGGCAUCAUUGAGACCAAUUACAUGGUAAUCGAGCUUCCGACUGGUGUCGAGCUAAGUGGGCUCUUUAGACAGGCCUGCAUGAUGGAGCACGCCUGCCAGCCCAAUUGCUACUUCCAGUUUGACACCACAUCGCAACAGAUCGCGGUUCGGGCAGGGGGCAAUCUGCGGAAAGGGGAUCACCUGCAGAUUACCUAUACCAACAUCUUGUGGGGCACUCAGAUGCGCCAGCACCACCUGCGUAUGACAAAGCACUUCACCUGCCACUGCACCCGCUGCACAGAUCCCACGGAGUACGGCAGCUACGUCAGCGCCCUGGCCUGUCUGGGAGAUGUAAAUAAAACAUGUGGUGGCACUCACCUGCCCAUAGAUCCGGUGGAUGAAAACACCCAGUGGAAGUGCAAUUCUUGUCCCAUGAUAGUGGAUGCUGCCUAUGUGUCCGAGUUACAAACCCACAUGACGGAUCAGGUGGAGAGAAUGCUAGCUGGAUGCCCUCGCGCCAACGAAGUAGAACUUUUAUUGGCGCGUCUCUCCCAGAUGCUGCAUCUCAACCAUUUUCACAUGUUCAAUUUGAAGCACACGUUGAUUCAGUUAUACGGCAACGAAAGCGGCUUGGAGUUGACCAGCCUCAGCAGUGGGCAGCUGGAGCGGAAGCUACGUUUGUGCAACGAACUAUACGACGUCUGUCGGCGCUUGGAUCCGUACAGUAUCAAGCUCGCCAUUUAUGUAACAGUCAUUCUGAUCGAGAUCGCACACGCGCUCGAAGAGCAGGCGCGUAGAGCUCCCGCUGAAGGUGCUUCCCUUUUGGAAGAAGCUCAGGCCCGCCUCAAGGAGGCGGAAGAGGUAAUUCAUAAGGAGCACGACUCUGUGGCUGGCAAGAAGUUGAACGACAAGCUGCAGAGAGAAAUAUUUGACUGCGAAAAACAUGUGCUGACACUUUCAUACAAUCAGUGAGUUGGCAUAUACAUUCAUACUUACAUACAAAGAAUAAAUAUUAAUGAAAUAUAUUGAGAGUAGUAAGAGGGUAACAAAUCCUGUAUACUAGUAAGUAAGAA